AUUUACACCAGCAGUUGUACCACCCAAGCCAGCAGUAGUCAUGGCUUGUGAAGGUGGCGUGAGGGGUAGAUAUCCAUUAGUUGAACAGAUUCAUAUAACUACUACACUGUCUACUAUUUUUUCUAUAAUUAAUUUACGCCGAAAACAUGCAUUUUUCCUUCGCCAAACGGCCUUGUUAAUUUUACCACUUCUUGCCAAGCCUCGUUCAGGUUAUCAAUCAACACAAAAGCAGCCAAUUGGAAGUGAUAUUGGUUUAUUGAUGUGUUUAAAAAAAGUAUGUGAUGUGUAUGGCGUGGGGGAUGCUGUCGAUAACGAAGAUUUUUCGGCAGCAGUUGAAGACGUGAGGCCCCUUUCCUUUGGCUGGCCAGACCUUCAAAUUGAUAUAUUAAAAGAUGCUUUAUUAGUAUCCGAAGCUUUACCUGAUUAUCCAUCUAUCAUCAAGUAUACAACAAGACUCUUGCGUAAAUUAUUUAUGUAUUUGCCCAGAGAAGAACAACUUCGAUUAUCAAGUUCACUGCCAAGGGUCGUUGGUGCUGGAAAAAAACAAGGGUUAGAUAUGGAAUUUAAAUAUUGGGGCUUAAACAUUGUUCGAGGUAUACAAGUAUGUCGCCCUUCACCACGUAGGGUACCAUAUCCACAUCCCGGAAAAAAUGCUUUAUCCAAAGAAGAUGGUGAAAAAGAUCCUUUCCUUUACAGGCCUUCUUUUCAAGCAAAAUCUGAUGCUGUUCAGACGCAUCUUGUAGCAAACGAGACCGCUUACUUUUUGGUCACAUUAGCAAAUCCUUUUGCAUUUGAAUUAGAUAUUCAAAGUAUCUCUGUGAG